AUGGCAUUAAUUUUAACUCAUCAGGAUCAUAUCAAAACGAUAAAGAUGGCGGCAACCCUGCCAGCCAUUUAUUCUGGGGGAGGGACCCAGAUAAAACAGUCACCCGUCAUGAAAGUACCCAGCCCGCCGCCCUCAGGAAAACCAACUGGAAAAUAUUAUCUUAAACCAAUCAAAAAAUUCCAAGGAAAAAAAGAGAAAGAUUUAUUUUACAAACAGCAACAGCUUCGUAGUCAACAACCAUUGCUAGACAAAAGAGAGGCAGCACAGUUCCGCAAUACCUUCUUCCAUACAUUAUGCCUCGACAUGCUGCAGGAAGGAUUCCACCAAGCGUUCUCCGAGCUCUAUGCAUUGGCCAAAGAACAAAGGCAAGAGAGAGAGGCUGCAGGUCCAGAGUCGAGCCUGUGGAACAAACCACUUUUAGAAGACUCCCAUGAGAAACUUGAGAUGAUCAAAACAUUACUUUCAAAUUCUGAACAGGCUUUACGUGCAGGUGAUAGAGGGGCAGAAUAUGAUGCACGAUUCAAAUUGGCCAGGUUUUUCCAAAGCUUUAGUGGCGACAAACAACUUAGUGACCAUUUCUUCAGUUCAUGCCUUGCCACUAGUAAAGCCGUCGAGGGGGAUAGUGGUCGUAUGUUAGCAGAAGGGCACUGCAAUGUUGGUUUGGCUCUGGAAGAAAGUGAAAACAUAUUCGAUGCGUGUGACAACUUCGAAGCAUUUUAUAAAAUAGUAUCAGAACACAAAGACUGGAUAAAUGCUGAAAAUGAAACACUAUAUGCAAACUCAUGCAAACAUUUGACAAGGAUAUACUUCAAAAUUGGUGAAAAAAUAGAAAAAGAUGACCAGGAAUCAAGUCUGAGUUAUUUAAUCAAAGCGUAUAAUAUGGCCAAGGAGAGUACAGAUAAACCACUGGAGGGAGUGGCAAGUUAUAAAUUAGGUGUGGCUUAUAAUAAAAAUGGAGAUGCUGAGACAGCCUUGUUGUACCUGAAUGGCUACUUAGAGAUCUGCAAGGCUCAUGAUGAUGAGGAGGGCAUUGGAAAGGCAUGUGAAGCUAUCGCGAAAGCUUAUGAAAACCAAGGGAACAUUGAAGAGAGUAUAAGAUACCUAGAGCAGUUUGUAACGGUAGCUGAGCGUAGUAAACAAGACCAGGCUUACAGUAGGGCAUGUAGCGAUCUGGGGGCUGUCUACAAUUCUUUGGGUCGUUAUGACGAAGCCACAGACUACUUUAGUAAAUCGUACAAUCUCUCUAGAGCGCUCAACGACGCAUCAUCCAUUAGUAUGUCUCGUGUGUUUUUUGGUGUCACCGCCGCACAUAGGAUGAUAGGUGGCGUUGUGAACCAUAUAAAUGUCGCAAAUCGGCCAACACUUGAACGACUGACUGAAUGGAAGAAUAAUCGUGGCGAUGAAUUUAACAAACCAAUUCCAGUUGAGGAAGAACCUGCUAUGGCUAAAGUAGUUGAAGAGGUCAUGGAUGAACAAACAGCAGAAGCUGAUGAGGAAAACAAAAACAAUAGUAAUGAUGCUGAAGAUGAUGAGAAACAACAAGAUGAAGAAGUGAAAGAAGAACAUGAAAAGACAGAUGAAUAAAAUAAUACAGAGACCAGAAUAUAUGUAAACUCAUCAUGUGGAUUUUGAAUUUGCCAAUGGAAAUUAAUGUUUGGUGUUCAAAUGAUUUGUUAUAUGUAUAAUUAUGUGAUGUAAUUAAACUGAUAUUAUAAACUUCUCAUUUGGUUGACCAAAUAUUCAAAUAUUUCUCAUUUGCUUGGCCAAGUGUUGGAAUUUUACCAAUUUACUUGGCCAAAUGUUCAAUAUCUCAUAUAAAGCUUGCAUUGUAUUCCUGUAAUGUAGAUUCCAUCCAUUCGGUAGAUUAAUGGGACUAGAUUAUAAAUUUUUUCCUUGAGUUUAGAUUUUAAAACUCAUCAUAAUGUGAGACCGAGGAGCCUUGGCAACUUAUAAUAGCUUCAGUAAACAAGUUAUAUUCUCAUUGAGACAUGUCAAACUGGUAAAUAUCAGGAUUUUUUAUAAUUGCUUGACCAGUGCUUAAUAACUUCAAUUAUGGGCAUUUUAGUCUCAUGAUUCUUGAACCAAUUAAAGUCGCUUGAUCAGCUGACCUUGAUCUCAUCUUGAUCUGAUCUUGCCUGAUUUGAUUUUGACCCACAUCUAUCCCAAAUGGCCCAAUUCUGCUGAAUAUUUCAACAUGACUAGAGCCACAGUGAUUAGAUUACAUGUACUUAGCUAGCCUUAGCAAUAUGUAUAAUAAUAGUUAAUCAACCACAUUUUCUAUAUUAGUUAUCUUUUGAUAUUGUAAUUUGCCAAAAUUAUCGCCAAAUAUAUUUUUUAUGACAAUAUUAAAACACUGGAUCUAUAAUACAGCCUUUUCACAUAGAGAUUUUAUUCUUCAAAAAAACCUUAAAAACUUUUAAAAUAUAAAAGUGCAUUGUAAAUCCUUUAUUGAACAGCUACCUACAGUGAACAUUUUGGAGCUUAAAAGGUAUUCAUUGUACACAGGUUUUCGUAGUCUGGCAUCAAGCCCUUGUGUAUCCCCUCUGCUAAAAUCACUCUGCACCUUUGAACGAAAAUGAAUCACUGGGGGGGGGGGGGGGCAAAGGUUUUAUGUAAGACUCGAGGUUCACUGUACUGUUUCUAUCUACCUCUUAGAUGGUUAGAGACCAGGCUGGACAUUAACAUUGAAUUAAUAGACUGUAAUGCAAACCCAGAAACAAUUGGAUCGAUAAAUGGACAGUAGAUGGUCUGUAAAAAUAUGUACAUAAACAAUAUUGCUGUUGUAAAUAUAAAUAUAAAUAAAAAGUAUAAUAUUGUGAUACUGAA